AUGAAAGGAUUUUUUUUUACUUGUUAUUUUUUACUUUACCAAUCUGCUUUUUCUUUGGCUGAAGGCAUUUCUUAUGCUUCCUUUGGCUCAGAAGCUACAAAUAACAAAUAUGCCACUUUAGAUGAGCUGGUUGAGCAUUCUACCAAUGAAGAACCAGCUGUUAUAUUUCAAUUCAAUAAUUACGAUUUUAUGCAAAACAUCGCUAAUCUUCACAAUGACAACCAUCGUUUCUUCAAAGGGUUCUUCUCUCAUGGCAUUGGUAGGGUUUACAAGACUGACUCAUCAAUUGAGCUGAAUGAAAAUGAACAAUCAAAUGCUAUCUUUUCUGUUUCUGAUAUCUCAAGCAGUGCGUCUGAACUUUUCUAUAACUAUGAGUUGGAUAACAAGAAAAACAUUUUAAUUAAUUUGAAUAAUGUGGAUUAUGAUUUUUCCUUAUUGGAUGAAUUCAUCGAAUCUGCCUUGCUAUUUGUGAAGGAAUCUUUCGAAAAUUACAACUUAGUUUUACAUAAUGCCAAUUCAUCAUCCCAUAUUUCUAAAGGCACUAUUGCUAAAUCAAUUAAAGAGGCUAUUGAAAACAGAGUUGAUGAAGAUUCUUCCCCAGAAAAUGAUAACAAGAAGAAACAUGACACUGAUGAAGAUAUAUUGAGUGAAUUCUGGACGGAAGGUCUUUUGAUGUGUCUAAUGGUUUCUGGUUUAUUGCUUUUCGUCUUGGUCAUUGCUCUUCAAUGGAUUUCCAGCUUAGAGAUCAGUUAUGGUGCUUUAGAAAGAAAAGUUGAUGACUUGAAAAAGACUAAUUAA